UUGUAAGGAAGGGGGUGUUAGUAGGAGGCGACGGAGAGGCAGAGUGGAAGAGUGUAAAGCUACUCGACGGCCAGUUGGUUCCGUUUGGACGAAAAUCAAUCCAGAAUGGCGUCUGGCGAGACAUUGUACAUAGAAACGGACGGCUCAGAGAUGCCGGCGGAGAUCGUGGAGCUGCAUGAAAUCGAGGUAGAGACCAUCGAGACAACGGUGGUCGGGGGAGACGACGACGACGAACAUCAGUCCAUGAUCGCGCUGCAGCCGCUGGUCUCUGACGACCCGAAUCACAUCCACCACCAAGAGGUGAUCUUAGUCCAGACUCGGGAGGAAGUGGUGGGAUGCGACGACUCGGACCUUCAUGCAAACGACGGGUUUGAGGAACAAAUUUUGAUCCCAGUGCCUGUUCCAGUCGCGGAGGAAGAGUUCAUCGAGCAGACUCUGGUGACUGUGUCUGGGAAAAACACGGGGCGCCUGAAGAAAGGAAGCGGCAAGAAAGUGGUUAAAAAAGGCUUUUUGGGCGCUACAGAGGCGAGCGGACGGAAAUGGGAACAGAAGCAAGUACAGAUAAAAACGCUCGAAGGGGAAUUUUCUGUUACUAUGUGGGCAUCGGAUGAUAAGAAGGAUAUUGAUCACGAGACAGUAGUGGAGGAGCAGAUCAUCGGGGAGAACUCCCCUCCGGACUACUCCGAGUACAUGACGGGCAAGAAGCUGCCACCUGGUGGAAUCCCGGGCAUUGACUUAUCCGACCCUAAACAGCUGGCAGAGUUUGCUAGGAUGAAACCACGAAAAGUCAAGGAAGAUGAUUCACCAAGAACAAUAGCCUGCCCCCACAAAGGUUGCUCAAAAAUGUUUCGAGACAACUCUGCAAUGAGGAAGCAUUUGCACACACAUGGACCACGUGUCCACGUGUGCGCUGAAUGCGGGAAAGCAUUUGUCGAAAGUUCCAAGCUCAAACGGCAUCAGUUGGUUCAUACUGGCGAAAAGCCUUUCCAGUGCACAUUUGAGGGCUGUGGAAAGCGUUUCUCUCUGGACUUCAACUUGCGCACACAUGUGCGUAUUCACACUGGAGACAGACCCUACGUGUGCCCGUUUGACGGCUGCAAUAAGAAAUUUGCUCAGUCUACCAAUCUAAAGUCUCACAUUUUGACACACGCUAAAGCUAAGAACAACCAGUGAGCGGACUAUCUGAAGAGACAUUUCAAUAAGGACAGCAGCAUUCAACGCUUUAAAACACCCUUUGUGUGUUGUUUGUAGACGAUUUUUUUGUAAGACAGAGUAUCUACUGAUGUUUUAUCAGAAUUGAGUAUUUAACUGAUGAACUGACACCCAACUAGCCCUUAGGACAAUUCUUAUGGUACAAACUGGACUGAAAAUAUCUUUACUACCAGAAAGUGUCUUCUUUUGAAGACGUGCGUUUCUGGACCUUCAUCCAUAACCCUGAGAUAUUCUUUCUCCAGAGCCCAAAGAGUCUAAUCUUUCCCUCUGUGUAUGUUACCUGUCCACAAAGAGACACAACUGCUUUUUAGUUGUCUUCUAAGUGUGCAUAUUGUACACUUUGUAGACGUUAGUUUUGUCUUGAAAUGUUUUUUUUUUCCACCCCCUAAAAUUUGAUAUAUGUGAAUGCUCUUCUUCAAAAAGAAGGAGAUACUAUUAAAUUUUUUUUUUCCAGUCAUGAGGUAUCCUCCAGUGGUAUCUCAUUUUGUAUAACUGUUCUGUAAAAAUAUUUUGAGAAUUAUGUAGAUAAUAGAGAUGUUAGAUUUCUGUUUAUCCUAUUAAAGGAAUUUUAUUCAAUUUAAAACAGUGCUGAUAAAAUAGUGCUACAGAACUACAUUUCUUUACGUUGAACAAAUUAGUGUGAAUCCUCCAUUACUGUUAUUAGGAUGUACUAUUACUAAAAUGGUAAAAUCCUUUAGAUGUUAAAAUGGUUUGUGUUUGUAUAGACUUUCUGUCCAUUUUCUUAGGAACACUCAAACCUUUAUACAGUUUAUUUAAUUAUCCAGUUAUGUGGCAGCAGCACAGUUCAUAAAAUCAUGCAGAAAAAGUCCAAGAGCCUCAGUUAUUUAUUUAUUUUUUUUUUACAUUAAACAUCAGAAUAAAAAAAAAAGUGACUUAUGGUUGCUGGUUCUAGACGGCCUGGUUUGAUUAUUUAGUUAACUGAUAAUUUUCACGUACAACAGUCUCUAGAGUUUACAGAGUGAGUGACAGUUCUGUGAGUGGAGAUGCCUUGUUGAUAAGAGAGGUCAGAGGAAAAUGCCCAGCUUGGUUCAUGCUGCCAGGAAGGACUUGGUAACUCUUUACAGUCACUCUUUACAGCGGUGGUGAGCAGAAAAGCACCUCAGCAUGUUUAACCAUACUGGACAGUUUUCUUUUUCCAGUCUUCAGUUAUCUAGUGUGGGUGAGCUUGUGCUAUUGAGAGCAUUGUGCUCGGCUAACAGGAGUGAAACUUCAUGUGGUCUUCAGCUGUUGUAGCUCUUCCACCACGAAGUUGUUUUGUGUGUGCUGAGAAGCUUUUCCGCUCACCAUGUUUGCAAAGAGUGAUUAAUCGAGUUACUAUAGACUUCCUGUCAGCUCAUAUUCUCCUUAGAUCAAAAUGUUUGUUUCAGCCUGCAGACCUUCUACACACAGGAAGUCUUUCUGUUUUUACACUAUUCUAUAUAAAAUCUAGACUGUUCUGACUCUUAGAUCAGCAGUUUCUGAUAUACUCAUCUGGCUCCAACGACCAUGCCAUGAUCAAAGUCAGUGGGAUCACAUCUUAUCACCAUUGUGAUGUUUGAACUGAAAAUUAACUGAAGCUCUUGACCAGUAUCUGCAUGCUUUUAUGUAUUGCACGGCUGCCACAUGAUUGGCUGAUUAAAUAACGGCAUGAAUAUAUGUCUGUUCCUAAUCAAGUCGAUGUACAUGCGCACACACACACGCAAGCCAAACAUUAUAACCAAUCUCAGCUGAUAACACCUGCUGAUAACAGCUCAUGUCAAGGUCUGGGAUAUUUUAGAAGGUAAGCAAGCAGUCAGUUCACAUGUCAACAUGUUUGAUGUGGGAGAAAUGGGGAGGCGUGAAGACUUGAGCGACAUUUACAAAGGCCAGAUUGGGUUGGAGCAUCUCCACAACGGCAAGACUUGUGGCAUGCUCAUGGUCAGCAGUGGUGAGUACACAGUGGUUAUGCAUAUUUUCUUCAUUAAUGCACAUAAUUCGGAUUAUUGCAGCUUGGUAAAUGGUUGAGUUAAAUCUUGUUGGAGAAUGGAAAUCAAUUACUUAACUGAUAAAUUAGGAUGAAAGCUUAAUUUCUGCUUAUUAGAGAACGCCAUUGUGAAUUAAUUUCUUCAAAAUUCCCAGACCCUAUCCAUGGCUUGUAUGGACUAGAGUAAUGCAAAAAAAAUAAUUUACCAGAUUUUCAGAUCUUGUAUUAAGGUGAUAGCUCAGUGGAUAAUUGGAAUACUGAUUGAAAGAUCAUGAGUUCACAUCACGCCACUGCUGGGGCCUUAAGCAAGGCUCUUAACCCUCAAAUGCGCAUUUGAAUGAAUUGAAUAAAUAUAAGUAGCUCUAGAUAUGGGCUUCUGACAAAUUAUAUAAACGUAUAAUGAAAUAAAUGUAUUACACCAAAAUAUAGGAAGCAUAUGAGGAACGGUUUCAAAAAUUUUAUUGAAUUUCCAUCAAUCAUUAAACAUUGCUCAUUAAAUGACACAAUCAUGUUUCCUGCAUUAACAGACCUGGCUUAACAACAACAUCUGUAUUUCUAAAACAAAAUUCAUGACCACAAACAAAUUUCAGCAAUAAUACAUAUAUUUAAAAAAAAAAAACCAAUACACACAAAUGUGGUGCUCUAGGCUGUAUGCUGUCAUUAAUGAUGGGUUUAUAUUGCAUUUGACCUUGAUUAAUGCCAAAGUGUUUCUGUAUAAGAGUCAGUUAUACAUCCAGUUCUUAUCUUUGUAGCACAACUUAUAGCAAAAAAAAAAAAAAGGUGUUUUUUUCCCCACCAGUAUCAAAUACUUUUACCGAUACCAAGAACCCGGCUCUCAGUUUCACUGUAUAAAUUGUUUAGUGCAAUCUGCCUGAAAAUUGUAUUAUACGAGUCAAAGGGCCUGAGAGGUUUUAAGGCCACAUUUAAAAAAAAAAAAAAAAAAAACCCACUAUAUACAGACCUCCAGUGUGGUAUAUUUCUAUGAAUAUAACAGCAGGGAACAGUGGAUUUUGUGGCUUAGUCAUCUGUAAAUCAUAAGUAAAGCAAGUCUUUAAACAUUAGUGCUUGUGUUUCUAAGCAUUAGUCCUGAGCUUUUUACUGCUAACACUACCUUUAAAAAAAGCUACUGCAAGAGGGGAAGGUAUGUGGUGUUUUUCUAUUUUAACAAUCAAAAGAUAUACACCAUGACAAGAUGCAUUGGCUUAGUAAUAAAAUGUCAAUAAACUGUAGUUAGAACAUUAUGCCUUACAAAAAUCAUACUGUGACAUUCAGCUUUUGUAUAGAUUAUCCUCAAGGUCAUGGCAAACUGAAGGGAAGUUUUUCUUUCAAACCUUUUUGCUUUUCUGAGGCUUUAGUCCAUCAGGGCAGCAAGUAAAGCAGGGUAGUUUGGGGUUCCCCAUCCAGUCACUGGAUCCCAUGAAGAAGCAGCACAGAAACCUUGACCUUCUACCUUAUCAUCCAAACAACCCAAGUGACAUCCCUCUGUUACCU